AUGGUCUUUUUCUUCACUAUGGACACGGUGAAAUCAUACAAAACCUCUUUUGAAGACUUGUCUGUUGCUGGUGAUGACGCUGAGCGGACCCUGCUCGGUGCCCAUGCGACGGCGUUGGCCAAACCCCACCGACGGUCGAAGUCGACGCUGGCACUCAAGCUGCUUGCGGGAGUCACGGCUCUGAUAUGCGCUGGCGCUGUCCUAUACACAGCCAUUGCAGUGCACAAUAUUCCUCAAGUAUCCCGUGCUGACUACGGUGACUGCGGGAAACAAGACUCCAUCGAGGAAGCUCGUGCAAAAGGUUGUGUGUUUGAUCCCAUGGGAUGGGUAUGGGUUCGUCCUGAGUGUUACGACAAAGAGUUGGUCCAAGAAUUCAUGAAUCGGACCGACUACUCAUGGCACACGGAGCCAAAGCUUCAUGCUGAUUCCAUGGUGCCACUCGACGUCGUGUUCAGGGGAGAUCAUCCUAAGCUCUUCACCCAGAAGAAAUACCACUACAUCCAUUGCACUGUAAGUUUCCUACAUCAGUGA